AUGAUAGAGGUAAAGCAUCUCGAUGACAAUGGAAUUAGUGGUAUUAGUAGUAUGAUGAUGCCCGUGUUGUUGUUAUAUGCAGUGGUAGUGGUGGUGAUGGCGGCAACGUUACUGUCCGAACACAGUAGGAUAUUUUCUGGUAACAACACACACACGGAUUACUUUAAAACUUUGCUCAGGGAUGGUAACAAUAUUUUGAUCGGAGCCAGGAAUGCGGUAUAUAACAUAAGCUUGGCUGAUCUGUCCGAAAAUCAAAGAUUGGAAUGGCACUCAACUGAUGCUGAUUACAAAAUGUGCUUAGUCAAAGGAAAAGACGAGGUAAGAUGUUAAAAUAAUAAAUUUUUAUAAAUUUGUAUUGUAAUAUAAUGA